CGGUGGUGGUCUCGACCCCGUUCUUCGGGACCCCUGCAAUAUCUAUCUUCUUACAUACGCGAGAGUGCGGUCGAUUCAAGGAUUGGAUCCGGCGACCCGUGCUGGCCCUCUACUAGUGUAGCAAGCUAGCCAUGCCAUGCCCUGCUCACUCUCACUCUCACCAUCACUCUCAUCACUCCGUGGUAACUGUUCGCCCAGACGUUGAAGAGAGUUCAACCAUCAGCCCAAAGGAUGGGUAACAUGGGGGCCCAUUGCCUGGGGUCAGAUUUUACUGCAACGCUAGACUAACAUGUCUUUCCACCCGUGGCCACUCCAGCUCCUUCGUUGAUCUACCUCCUGCUCCUCCUCCUCCUUCUCGAUCCCAGCUCAUGCUUCUCCCGUCCCGCACCUUGUCCAAUCCUUCCGGCUCUUUUCUGGUGCCUGUCUGUCUGUCCCUCUCUCUCUGCCUCUUAUGAGUACAGUCAAGUACUUAAAAAUGGCUCCCAGGCACCAGUACGAUGAAGGCCCGGAGCUGGCACCUCAGCAUCAGUACCCCGAGGUCUACCACCCGCCUCCCCAACAGUCGUACUCGGCCUCGCCACAGCCGGAGCCCGUGACGCCAAUGAAGCAGGAGGGCUCAACAUACGGUUAUCCAGCGUCCGGUGUCGACCAGUCCGUCUACGGCGGCAACCAGUACCAGAACCACGCCGCCGGGGAGACUGCCCCUCAAAAGUCCAGAAAGACCGUCUGCGGCUGCACGUUCCUCGUCUUCCUCCUCUCCGUCAUCAUCGCCGUCUUGGCGGCCGCCGUCAUCGGUCUUGCGGCCGGCACCGGCGUCGAGGCGAGCCGGGCCAACAACGCGAUCCAGGAGCUGGCGGCCAUGUCGGCGUCAGCGACGAGCGGCGGGACAACGGCGACGACGACGGUGACGGUGACGAGCGCCUCGGCGACGGCUACGGGUUUCAACGCCCUCACCAAUGGCUGCACCGACUCGAGCGAGACGACGACCGGCCAGACGUACACGACUGACUUUUUCGGCAAGAAGACCUUCACCAUGUACUGCAACAAAAACGCACCCAACUCGCCGUUGAUGUCGCUCUUCACGGCAAACUUUGACAACUGCAUGGACGCCUGCGCGUCCUUCACAAACUACGAGCCCGGGUUCGAGGGCAACGCGUCGUGCACGGGCGUCAGCUUCAUCCCGCUGUGGACGACGAGGGCGGGCGCCGUCGAGGGCAAGGCGCCGGGCAACUGCUACCUCAAGCCGGGGAACCAGACCAAGGGGAACCUGGAGACGCCGAAUAUCGGGACCGAGUGCCAUGCCGCCAUCAUGAGCUGAUUUUUGAUUCUCCAUCAAACCUAAUGAGAGUCAAGUCCAGGCCUCACUUGUAAUUUGGGAUGGCGUGGCGCGGGGCGUGUUUUGUUUCUCAUUCUAUAUACCACUUGUCUGGAAAAGAUUAUCACGUGUACUAUGUGGACACAGUUUUUGGGGCGUCAAAAGGAUAUAUAAUGCAUAUGGGCAGGGCAAAUAUACUUGCCUGGAAAGUCAAAUGGCAUAUGAGAGAAUUGUUCCCUUCAGUCCGCUGUGUCGACGCAAGUUUUACACGAUGCUCUACGUGCAAC